ACGACAAAAUAAUUUAUACAGCCAAAAGAAGAAAAGAAGAAAAAAAAAAAGAAUUAGUAAGUUUUAACACACUUGACUCAUAGGCGAGGAGGGGCUAUGGCGGCCACAGGAAAGAGUCUUUCUUUCUUUCUUGGCGAGCGAGAGAGGAAAAAAUAAAAGAGAGAGAGGGUUUUGUGUGUGCGAGCUUCAUCCUCUCUCCUGCAUGAUUGAGGGCCCCCGACAGAUCACACAAUUCGCUCUUGAUUGAUUGAUUGAUCUUUCGCAAGGUGUCUCUGUCCCUCUCCUGUCUAAGAGAGACCGCUGCCGCCCUCCUGAGAAUUUCUCCUCCAUUGUCUCCUCAUCUCUUCCGGUUUUGUGCAAGAGAGCGAGAGAGCGAGCGAGCGAGCGAGCGAGCAAAGUUGCAAUUCCUGGAAAGCGAGAGAGAGAGAGAGAGAGAGAGGAGCAUGAGUUAGUCGCCAAAAAGAGAAGAUGGUGUGAGUGAAAGAUCUCCUUCCCCUCUUACCAUACGUUCCCUCACGCAUAGAAUCGUAGCUUUGACUGGCUAAAUCGGUUCAUGUUGCGGUGGCGCUCGCUUAACCCCUCUGGAUGCACCCGGUUGUCUCCGAAAGCGUCCACUCCCACCCCCUGCUCCUGCUGCUGCAUGAUUGACGACGACCAGCCUUGCUCCUCUUGCUCAAGCACCUCGCUUUCACACCGCCUCCUCGUCUCUCCAAGUCUGCUCCUCCUUCCCCCGCUUCCCAGCAGAUAUAAGUCCUUGACUCCUGCUUGCUCUUUUCUCGCUUGCUCCACCACCACAGAGUCCUCUGCUGCUGGAGAUGACUUUGUUGACGGAUCUCUAGCUGGUACAGUUACUGUUACUACCCCUCUUCUUCUUCCAAUCGUUGCUCUUGCUGCUGCUGGUGUUGGAGGGUGGACGCAGCAUCAUCAGGUGUGGCCUUUCUUCUCGUGCCGGCCCACCCAGCAAUCAAGGUUUGCACUUUCCCCCUUCCCGCACCUCCACGGCACCACCUUUACUUUGUGGUUUGAUCCUGGAUCUUCUCGUUUGCAGCUUGUAAUUAUUCCUCCUGCCCCCAAGUCAGCCAGCCUACGUGCGUCCGUCACACCAAUGAGCUCCCGAGCGAGAAUCAUGGAUGGCGGCCAGGAGCAGCACGAGCCUUCGUUCCCACUCUGGCAUAGCCUCCCCGAGGACAUCAUGGACAAGGUGUUCGCCUUCAUGCCAAUUGAGAGCCUGGUGGCGGCCGGCCUCGUCUGCAAGUCCUGGAACUCCCGGAUCAAGUCGAGCAACUUCCAGAGAGUCUACCGCAGCACACCCGCGAGGGAGGCCCCCUGGCUCCUUGCCUGCUCCUAUAACUGCCGGGACAAGUCGUGUGCCUUCAGCCCCACGCUCAACAAGUGGCUCAAUGUCUCGCUCGCAUUCCUGCCACCUUAUAUGAGGUUCCCGCUGGCUGCCAUCGGAGGCCUCAUCUUCAUGCGAGCCGGUCUCAGCAACUUGGGGAUGCUGGCGGUGUGCAACCCGAUCAUGCAGACCUGGAAGGAGCUGCCUCAGAUGACUUACAAGCGAUUCAACUCACUCGUCGGGGUGUUUCAAGUCGACGACAGCAGCGGGUAUAGGAUCAUCGUCGCAGGCGGGACGUCCGAAUGCGGGGGUGACUACGAGUGCUCCACGGAGAUCUACGAUUCCAGAACGGACUCCUGGACCGUCCUUGGAGCCAUUCCCCGCUACUACACCGUCAAGAUUACUGUGUGGACCUCCAAAACCGUCUUCUGCCAGGGCACACUCUACUGUCUGACGUCUGCCCGCCCUUACAACCUCAUGUCGUAUAACCUGGGUACCAGACUAUGGUCCGAGAUGAAGGUGCCGCGGCCCGCGUGCCUGUACUCGUCUUUCCUGCUCAAGCGGAAGGAAAAGCUGCUGUUAGUCGGCGGAGUGGGAACUGACCGAGUUUGCGAGAGGAUUCACCUGUGGGAGCUUCAAGUUGAAAGCCAGCAGUGGCUUGACAAGGACCAGAUGCCGCAGCAUUACUUCCAGAUGUUUUACGAGAGCAAGGGAGACUUCGAUCUUAAGUGCGCUGGGUCCGGCGAUUUAAUAUACUUCUUCAAGAGCUCGCACUCGGGGAUGUUGGUCUGCGACCUUUCCACCACCCCGGCUUCAUGGCAAUGGCUGCCUUCGUGUCCUUUCAGCAAUCACGACAUCAAGUUCGCCUUGAGAGGUUUGUUUCUCAAUCCUCGCCUCGACUACACCUUCUGAGAUUGCAGAAUACACACGAGUCGGGCAUAAGAAAAAUGAAAAAAAAAAAAAAACUUAAAGAAGUAGAAAAGCGAAGAAAAAUACUUGCAGAUGUA